AUGGUUUAAGGUAUUGGACUGAGUUUUAUAUAUAGCUUGUACAACAUUUAGUUGAUUUAGAUUUAAAUUAGUAUUCUAACUCAAGGUUUUAUAUCAUGUGAUAUAGAAUUGCUUAGGAGCUCUUGAUGGAACCCACAUCAAGAUUAGGGUUCCAACAGUUGAUAAACCUAGAUAUCGAACGCGAAAAGGUGACAUAGCAACAAAUAUGCUUGGUGUUUGUACACCUGAUAUGCAAUUUGUUUAUGUUCUUCCUGGUUGGGAAGGUUCAGUUGCUGAUGGACGGGUUCUUCGAGAUGCCAUUAGUAGAAGACAUGGACUAAAAGUUCCUCAUGGUUGUUAUUAUCUAGUUGAUGCUGGAUACACAAAUUGUGAGGGAUUUCUUGCACCUUUUAGAGGACAACGAUAUCAUUUGAACGAGUGGCAUCAGGGUUAUCAGCCAAGUUCUCCGGAAGAGUUUUUUAAUAUGAAACAUGCCUCAGCACGUAAUGUUAUUGAAAGAUGCUUUGGGUUAUUAAAACUUAGAUGGGGAAUACUUAUGAGUCCAUUGUUCUAUCCUACGAGCAUAAGCUUCGUUGUUCUGUCAAGAUGCGGUUUGGGACUCCUAUUUAAAGCUUACUACAUAUACGCAAGAGAUCGAGCAACUGAGAAAGAUACUCAAACAGCUGCUGAUGUUCUUGAAGAAAUAAAUGCUGAGGGAGUACCUACUACAGGUAUGGAUGAAGAAAGAAACUCAUUCUAUGACUGCGAAGCUGACGUCUCUUUGGAUGACAUGGAUGCUUCUGCUGCGGAGCCGUGA